UUGAAAUGGCGUUAACAACUUAUCGGCCAUUAUUACUAUUAUUUGGAAUACAAUUAAUUGGAGGGUGUAAUUUUUCAAUGAAUAUAGGCACUCUGUCUUUAUCUGAGGUACCACCGCCUGUUUCAAGAACAACUUUACAGAUCACGUGUAAUAGUCAAAUAAACUUAACAGUUUACUCCGUUGCCGUACAGACCGGUUAUCAACUAUUAUUAUAUAGAGAGGUUCGUUCCAUAUCUAAAGACCAUCUUGAUGUUAUAAUGAUAACUGACGAUGUAAGGAGACAACUUGAUAUUCGCAUUCCAAUGUCCUUUAUGGGGUCUGUGUUGCAUAGCAAUACAGUUGAGAAUUCCGUUUCUGUCCCUCUGCCAGAUACAGAAGAGGAGUGGUGUAAUGCGUUAGUACCUGUCGAUACUGAUACUGAAUAUAGUCUAACACAAACAGAAUCGGGGUCCAGUAUUGGUUUAAGAAUAAGUGCUGCUGUAGUAAAGGUUUUAUUAGAGCUGAAUGACGACCUAGAGGGGUUUUUGAUUAUGGCUGAAGAUGAAUAUGCAAUGGUUGCCGAUGAAAUCAAGGGUACAAUUUCUACGAAAGGAAUUAAAAUUACCUACCUCCAGAAUCGUAACUUCACUAUAGAUGAAACUUUAAUGAGUAACAUAGAGAGUAUACACAGAACCAGACAGAAAUAUAUCCUAGUUUUGGCUUCUGUUCCGAGUAUAAAAUAUAUCUUUCAACAGGUUGACCGAUAUGAAAGCAGGAAAGGAAAGAAAUUUACAUUGAGUCAAUCAACAAGAUGGUUGACCGUUAUACCUGAUACACGAUCGUCAAGGGUGAUUGUACAAGACGCAUCCAAAAUAAUAAAUAAUAUCGCUGUAAUAGCUAUGCCUGUCAUUAGAACAAAGGCAACAAUUCGGGAGCAUCUAUUAUCGCUGUCUCCAUGCCAUACAAGUUAUCUGUAUACAUUAUUGUGGAAGCCUGAAGGUCGAAGAUUAAGUCUUGUUGCGUAUCUUAACAAUAGAUGUAUUAGGAAAACGAAUAGAGAUAUAUUUCCUAAUGUCAAGUUUGGACUCAACAAUCGAACAUUAAAGGUAGUUGUAAACACUUAUGCACCUUUCAUCUAUAAAAGAAUGGUAAAUGGAGAACCUGAAUAUAAUGGUCUGUGUAUAGAUUUAUUAAUCGAACUUUCACGAUCGAUGAAUUUUAGUUAUACAAUUUACCUACCUCCAGAUGGUGAAUGGGGAGGUAGGACCAGUAAUGGUAACUGGACAGGCAUAAUAGGAGAAUUGCAGUACGAAAACGCCGAUAUAUCUGUGGCCCCUCUAUCAUCAACAUCGGAUCGUCAAGAAGUUGCCAGUUUUUCCUAUCCGUUCUUCAUUGAAUACACGUCAGUAAUACUAAAACCACCAAACGAAGAUGAGAAAAAAUGGAUGACAUUUUUAAAACCAUUCCACCAGCAAGUGCUGAUCUACGUCACAGUUUCCUUGUUUGUUGGAACAAUUGUUUUAUUUGUCGUCGAGAAAUUUAAUCCAUUCUACAGAAAACAUCCAAAUACUCCAGCUCAAAGUUUCUCGGACGUAUUUUGGUAUCUGUAUGGAGCUAUGUUAACACAAGGGGGAGAAAAACUUCCAGGAUCACUUGCAGGACGGAAGUUCAUCAGUUUUUGGUGGUUAUUUUGUAUAAUGUUGGUAGCUAUUUAUAGCGGUAACCUUAUGGCUUUUUUAACCAUUAAUCGAGUCAAUGUACCAUUUGAUACGUUAGCAGGAAUGGUAAAUCAAGAUGAAUAUAAGUGGGGUACACUCGGAGGAACAGUUUGGUCAACCCUUUUUAGAAGUGCGGAUAGUGGUAUUUAUAAAGCGAUAGGUGAAGGACUGACCAGAUUUAAUGCCACAGAUAUUGGGGUUCUAAGCAUCAAAACAGAAGAUCAUUUUCAAAAGCUGUACAAUGAAAAAUAUGCAUACAUUGCUGACAUGACAUCUUUUCAGCUAUUGAUGAGUCACCAUAAUUGUAGUUUUUACAUCAUUAAGGAACGGUUUCUACCAUUAUAUUACAGCAUAGGUCUACCGUUGGAUUCCAGCCUCCAAGACACGGUAUCAACAGAAAUUAUCCGAAUAACCGAGUCCGGAAUAUUGGCAUUGUGGAUGAACCGUUGGUUUCGCAAAGUCAGUUUGUGUGCGUUUAGUACAUCGUCGUCUGUUGCCGUAGCAAAGAUAUUAUCUUUAAUUGAUGUUCAAGCGGCGUUUUAUGUUGUGUGUAUAGGAGUUGCUGCAUCUUGUUUCAUUCUUUUAGCUGAACGAUUCAUACGUGCCCGUUGUGUUAAAAAGAUAAUUACAGAAAUGAGGAAAUACGCACCUAACAGACAAUAACUACAAAUUCUUGUGAUUCGAUAAACUGACUUAAAGGGUGGGGUCAGCAAUUUUCAGCAAGUUCUCCAUAAAUUUUAAAUAUAUGUUCGAAAAUAAUAUCCUCGGUAUUACAAGCAAAAUAACGUUUUUGCAAGCGAGAAGUUACUUUUGAUUAAAACCAGAAGUGAUUUAAUUUGUUCAACAUGCUUGCUGAUCUCUAUAGUUAGCAUACAGAUUUGGCAUAAGUUUACCGCUGUAUUUUGUUCACCUGUCGUCAUUUGGUCAAAAAUCUGAUUUAAAGGGCUGUUUAUUAACUAAGUGACAGUUAUUUCGUCAGCUUCGAUGUUUUUGUGCUUGCUGACAGUGUUUUUUAACAUAAACACACCACAAUUAUUAUGGCGGGGUAUCAGGUUCAAAAUGCGAUC